AUGGUCCACUUGUAUGAGCUCAUGCACAAGUGCCAUCUGAAGUCCCUUCCAACGGAUUUCAUUGUCCCUCCAGCAUUUGACACAUUUCGUCCAUCCCUCUCCCCUCUUCCCCUCGAUCUUGUGGCCAACUCUGCACAAACUGACAAGCCAGAAUCAGAUUCUGAAGCUGUCCCAGUUGCAUCAACCUCAACUCCUGGACACAUCACUGUCGCAUCCAUACCCAAUCCCAAAUGCGUCAAAUUGGAGACGCCCUCAGCACAUCAACAUUCUGUUGGUUGUGUGGCCUCCAACACCGAUCUGAGUCCCACCACUGCAUGCUCUGAUGCCAAUGCAUCGCUGGCUGUGGCUCAACCUCACAUCUCUCCCCUUCUUGCCAAAUCAACACGCGCAUCACCAGCACCGUCCGACAUGUCAUCAACACCAUCCAACACAUCAUCCAACGUGUCGGUGUAA